AUGACUACCGACAUAUCUGCACUUCUUUCCUUUAAAUCCUAUAUCACUUUGGAUCCAUACAAUUUCUUAGCUAAUUGGUCUGUCUCUUCUUCUCCUUGUAGUUGGGCUGGUGUCACCUGCAAUACUCGUCAUGGAAGGGUCCAUUCCUUGAUUCUUGGUGGCAUGGAUCUUAAGGGUAGCAUAUCUCCACAACUAGGAAAUCUCUCCUUUCUAGUUGAUCUUGAUCUCAGUAAAAACAACUUUCAUGGUCAAAUUCCUCAAGACUUGGUUCAAUUACGUCGAUUGAGACUGUUCAACUUGAGCUAUAAUGACUUUCACGGACAAGUUCCAACAUGGAUAGGAGAUUUAUCUAUGCUUGAGCAGUUGAGUUUUCGAAAUAACAGUCUCAAUGGGUUUAUUCCAUUAUCUCUAUUCAAUCUAUCAAGGUUGGAGACUUUGGAUUGGAACUCUAAUAUCAUUGAAGGUACCAUUCCACCUGAGAUAGGAAGUCUAAAGCACUUGAAGAAUUUACAACUUUCAAGGAACAAACUUUCAGGAGCAAUUCCCCAAACAAUUUCCAACUUAUCUUCACUUGAACUGCUAUGGUUGUCUUAUAAUAGUUUGUCAGGAGCCAUUCCAAAUGAAAUUGGUGAUCUUCAACAGCUUCAUACAAUAUAUCUUGGAAGUAAUCAGCUUUCAAGCACUAUACCAACCUCCAUAUUUAAUAGUUCAGUGCGACAAUACAUUUCACUUGAUAUCAAUAAUUAUCUGGGAGUCUGCCAACAAAUGUGUGUUCUGGGCUUCCAAAACUCAAAUUAUUUUAUGUGAAUGGAAAUGAUUUGUCUGGCAAAAUACCCUCCAUUUGGCAUCAAUGCAAGGAAU